UGAAUGAGUAUAAAUGAAGGCCUCUGAACUCGCUCCUUGCAUCGGACGAGAGGUCUGGGACUUGAACUUGCAAACAUGAAGAUCUUCGUGGUGUGUCUGUUGGUGCCACUGGUGCUGGGCGGCAACUGGGGUCGGUCGGACCUGGAGGCGUUUAAAAAGUGGGAGGAAGAACAAGUGCUGAGAAAGAUGCUUUCCGGCGAGGUGAAAUUUGAGGGAACAGUUCAAUUUGAGCCCGAAGAGCCCCUCCCAUCUCAAGGACAGCCCCAAGGACAAGGACAACCACAAGGACAACCUCAAGGACAGCCACAAGGACAAAACCAAACUCAAGGACAGCCACAAGGACAAGGACAGCAACCGUCAGAAUCAGACGAUGAUGACGAGGAAGGAAGUCUGUACAGGGAGUUCCAGGACUGGAAGAUGAAAAAGAUGUGGGAGGAAUAUCGCAAACAGUCUCAAGGACAAGGGCAGUCACAAGGACGAGGGCAGUCGCAAGGACGAGGGCAGCCACAAGGACAAUGGCAGUCGCAAGGACAAGGGCAGUCACAAGGACGAGGACAGCAGCCGCCAGCAUCAGACGAUGAUGACGAUGAGUUCCGUCAAUGGAGGAUGCAAAAGCAGUGGGAUGCACCUCGCUGGCAGGGACCCAGAGAGGCUCUGAAAGACCCAGGAGCAGCUGUGGGGAGAGUUCCAGGAAUGGAAAAGGCAUCAGGAAUGGAUGGCCCGCGAGGAAGAAGAAAAGAAAAAAGAAGCCCUUGCUGAGGAAAUGGAGGAGUUUAAACGGUACAGGAUGAUGCAGCAAGCCCAACAGCUGCAGGCCCAGAAAGAAGAAGAGCAGAGACGUAAGGCAAUGGAAGCUCUGCAGCAGAAACAGAACCUCAUCCGGCAGAUGGCCAACCUCACCGUGCAGUUCCAGGAGCAGAAGAUGAAGCUGCUGCACGGAGUAACCUACCAGUUCCUCACGUUCUGCAAGUGCAGCGACACCUCCGAAAUGCUGAACAGAUUCUUCAGUGAGUCUUUCGGCGUGCCCAACGGCAUGGAUGACUGGAGCAUGGGUGUGAAGGAUCUCGGGGAGGACGGUGCUGGAUUCGGUGCCAACAGCAGCAUGGGCGGCAACUCUAGCUCCAGCUGGAGCGCCAGCUUCGAAAUCUCCUGGGGGAACUCCAGUGGUGGCAUGGGAGGAUUCAACGGCUCCGUGAGCGGCGGCUCUAACAACAGCAUGCCUGGCGGUCCCAGCUUCAACGGCAGCUUUAGCGGCGGACAGAGCUUUAAUAACAGCAUGAUGGGCCAGGGAGGAGAAGCCGCCACUACCGCCCGUCCUCCUGCUGACGUCACCGUGACGAGCGACCAAGAUCUCCAGGACCGCAUGGAGCGCGACCAGAUGGAGGCCAAGGCCAAGCGUUUCUACCAGAUGGACCAGCAGCAGCGGGCCAAGGAGCUGUUCUCUGGACUCGUGGCCACCCUGUGUGAACGCGCCAGCGAGUACGUGGAGUCUGUGAAGAGCUUCGAGCAGUACUACAUCAUGUACGCCGCUGCCAUGGAGGCAAACCACCAGCAGCAGCAGCAACAGCAGCAGCAGCAAUUCCCAUGAGAGCAACCAUUUCCUCCUGCAAGAAUAAUGUCACUCUGAUGCCUUCUAUGGAUGCUCUUGAACUCUUUCUGAAAAUUCAGUCUAGACACUUUCGAAUUAGGGUUUAGAAAAAGACACUAAAAUGUCAUUGUAACUUUUCAUCUUACUUUCGUUCCUUUACAGGCAUUUUGCUCUUGUUCUAAACAUUAAUUUUCGCCUUUUUUCUUUAUAAUUGACAGUUGUAGAUUAAAUAUGAUUUGUAUUGAAAAAUCUUGUACCUCCAAGUAAUGCUCAAAUAACAUUUACAUGUUACAAGUAUUUGCAGUGUUUGUUCUUAUUCACGAUAUAACUGAUGUAUUUCACACUGCAUAGCUGUAUUCAUGAAAACUGUAGAGUGGAAAGCAAUCUUUUUUUCUGUAAUUAUAUAAAUCUUUCUUCCGUCGAAUGGUUUUUAAAUAAUGUCGUCCCUUCUCUAUCACUGAUGACUUUAUGAUGCUUGUCCUCUAGAAGUAAAGUAACCAGCCUGAAAUGCAGCUAAAGUCAUAGAGGUGUCAAGAAAGAAAAGUAAAGAAAGAUCACAAAUAAAAAAUUAAUCAACUGC